CACGGGUGGAUGAAGUGAAAAACAUUGAUGUGGUCAUAAUGUUAUGGCUGAUCAGUGUAUGUGUGCAUAUGAGGGAGAUCAGAGAGCCAGAGAGCAAAUGCAAUUGUACAUCUACAUACUGUGGCUGUCCUACAAAAAUACCCUCCAGAGAAAAACAAACCUAUGCUCCUGUAAACAGUUGAUUCAAAUAGAUCUUUUUUAAGUAAAAGUAGUAAAUGUAUGAAAUGUUUAUUUAAUGAUUGUUACAGAGUUAAAGCUAAAUUGUACCCAGCGCAAGACCACCCAAGGAAACGUGCUGCAAUGACCCCACAACACUCAGAGGUUUCAUUUGCAUCCAUCAUCAAUGCUAUAGUGGAAUUUGUCGCGUUUCACUAGGUGGUGGUGGUGUCCUCCCUUUACACAUGGUUGUCUUAAGAAGCACCUGAAGGCAGCACGGAGGAGCGCCGCAGCGUGUUGACGUCACAGACUGAUUUGCCUCUGCUACGGCUCAGCUGGUGUUUGGAGUGCAUCUUUACAGCAGGUCUGCGGUCUGCGGACACCCUGUUGGAAGCACACGGUAACGGCCGAAUGAUCCGGGCUGCUGCCUUCAUCGUCUCCUAAACUGUUCCGCUUUUCUUACUGUCGGCGUUUUUUUUUAAUUUCGUUCUUCUGAGUCUUCUCUCCACUGAGCACCGGGGGAUGGGGAAAUGAUCAGCAGCAACUACUCUCCGCCGCUGCCGCCGCCUCAUCCUCCUCUUCCCUCUCCUGCUCCUUAUUCGGUCGGUCUCUGUGUGCCCUGACAGUCGUCGGAGCUCUGCCCAGGAUGUGGGCCCCGCUGCUCGGCCAGGCUGCGGUGUUUGCGGCCCUGUUGGCGCUGAGCACCUGCUUGACAGGAUCUCAUCUGUGCCCUCGGAGUUUAGACUGUGCCCGGGUAGGACGACACUUCUGCCAGCCAGGCAGUUCACACUGUGGUCCCUGCCUGAGUCCUCUGGUGGAGAACUCCCAUGGCCAAUGUGUGGUCAAGAGGAGGCAUUCUCCUCACUCUGCUCAGUUCAUUAAAGGUAAGAUGAGCACUUACCCUGAGCUGGAUGAGGAGAUCAACUUCCUGUCUGCAAUCAUCAGUGAACAGAGAACAGAGUCCAGGCUGUCAGCUCCACCCUCCCAGGAUGUUUCUAAACCCAAAUCCAAACAACUCAGUGAGUCAGGCCACAACCACAGAGUACCUAUCACAGAGCAGCCCACGAGCCAAAGUGUCCCGUUCACAAGAUUGGCUCCACCCACCACCGCCACAAACCACACUCCCACUUUGCUCAGCGAUCCUAUCAUCCUCACAUACCCCUCCAAUGACCAUGUCUUCAUCAUCAUGAGUAGCGUCUUCAUCGUGGGAGGUACGCUGGCUUUGAUAAUGGCAGGGGCCUGUUGGCUCAGAUUGCAGAAAGGUGUGCGUCUAACUCAGAAGGUGGACUCUCCUGCAUAUAGACUGAUCAGAGCCCAAACCUUUGACAAUUUGCCUGGGGACAAGAAGCUUGCCCACAGUGCCCAGAUGUACCACUAUCAGCACCAGAAGCAGCAGAUGCUUUCCCUGGAGAAACACCAGGAUGAGCCAAAAGUUCCUGACUCAGGAGCAUCGACAGAUGAGGAAAAUGAAGAUGGAGACUUCACAGUGUAUGAGUGUCCUGGACUGGCACCUACGGGGGAAAUGGAAGUGAAGAACCCACUCUUUGAUGAUUCCACCCUUUACCUUCAGAGGUUCCACAAGUAAACCAGGGCAUUCAUAUGCAGAACUUGUGUGUACAGUUUAAUUUACACACAUACACACACUCCACAUACACUGCUAUGCUCAGUCCUGUCCUUUUAAUGGACAGGAUGGAGAGUGUAACGCACAUGGAAGAGGAGGAAGAGGACUGAGACACUCAUGGACAUUUAAAGGAUGUCAUGGAGCUGGUUUCUUGUUUGAAGCGGGACUGAAUCUGGGACCAAUGUUUCUCAUUCUAUAGCCACAUUCUCUUCUUUUUUAUGUCAUCACUCUUUUUUCUUUAGUUUUGUUAACAAAAUUACCAGUGGCCAAUAUCUAACUCUUCUGAUCUGACUGAGGUACAACUAUGUAUUUCUGUCAGGUUAUAAGUCACCAUGAAUAUCUAUGUUUAUUAGUCAGUAAAUACUCCUUUAAGUAUUUAGUUCUCACCGCAGACUUUGGUUUGUUCAAGUAUUUAUAAACAGAAACAUGUUUUUAAUAUUUCAUGAACACACCUCCAUGCAGCACCAUGAUCUGUUAUCACUGUUAUGUAGCCAUUGUGUUCUCAGACUAGUUGCUCUAUGCAUGAAUUGAUGAUCAUGAGAGUCAAUAUGCAUUUACAGUUCUAACAAGUUAUAUAUAUACCGAUCAGCCAUAACAUUAAAACCACCUACAGCUGAAGUGAAUAACAUCCAUUAUCUUGUUACAAUACAAUUUUCUGCUGUGAAAUCAAGAGUCCUUAAUUCAUCUGGAUGUUACUUUGACACAUACCACCCACCUAAACAUUGUUUUAGACCAAGCAACCCCCCAGCCCUCCCCAAAUGGCAACAGCGCUGCAAUGCUCCCACCACACCACAAAAACUGCGGAACACAACAAAGAGCCCAAGCUGUUGACCUGGCCUCCAAACUCCCCAGGUAAUGGGAACAUUAUCCUGCUGGGUGUGUGACAAUAUUUAGGUGGGUGGUACGUAACAAAGUGACAUCCAAAUGUAUGUCAGGACCAAAGGUUCCUCAACAGAACAUUGUGUUAUAACGAGAUGAUCAGUGUUAUUCACUUCAUCCACCAGUGGUUAAAAUGUUAUGUAUAUACACAUGGUAUCUGACUAACAUGGCUGGUCCACAUUGUUAUGUGAUGUGUAUAUAACUGCUAAUGUGUACAGGAAAGAGAUUGUACCUCUCACUCAAUGUGUUUGUUCACAUGUUCCUCUAGAUUCCAGAGUGCUGUGUAAAAUAUUGACCUGUAUGUUUCCUUAUCAGUCUCAGAAAAGUAGUGAUGAUCAGGUUUUGAAAACAUGUUAUACUCAUUAUAUGUGUUGUGCAUAAUAGUUUUUAGCUGAAAUGUUAUAGAAUUGUAGAUUAAGGGGAAAGCAGAGAGCACCCACACACAAUAACAUAGCUCCUAAACUUUUAUUACAGUGAGUGGGUAAUGUUUCAACCCCACCCAAUCUGUAUCAGGCAAAACAUGACAAAAAAGGCAAGGUCUGCAUUGGUAUAAAUGACAUCACACUGAUGUCAGGAAUAGUCAACCAAGCAAAAUGAUCUAGAUUAAUAAAAUAAUUAUAUCUGAGAUUUUUUCAAAAAGAGGGAGCACAGCAUAAUCACACCAUUGUUCAACAUGAAAUAGGCAAAAAAAAAAAAAAAAAAUCCCUCAGAAAUGCAGGCCAUAUACAGUAAUCAUUACAGUUACAGUGAAGGAGCUUGCACUUGUUUAAUAAAAGUCUGUGACUCUCAGAUAUAUGGAAGAUGACAAUUUUAACAUUAAACUUACAAAAAAAACUUCCAAAUUUACUUAUACUAGGCAGAUAUGGCAACCCUGGUCUCUGAUUGUUGGAUCUCAACCAAUCAGAUGUUCCAGCCCUGUAGCACUUUGACAAAUUGUACAAUAUAUGCUUGGAAAAAUUCUGCUACUAUGAAAAUUAUCGCAAAAAAUUACUGUAUUGUAAGACUUAAGAUACUUAAUCAGGACAUAAGGAUAAGGACAUAAUUAUUGUUUUGUGUUGGUAACACCUGCAUUUUAUUUUGAAGUUGUUGCAUUCAGUUUCAUUACAGCAGUGCUUGAACUGCACUUUUUUUUCUUCCAGUUUUCACUUUGGCAAUUAUUUAUUUUCAAAUAUAAAAAUAAAAUUCAGAUAUUUACAUUUUAA